AUGUGGCGGACUGCUGGCUUGGGCACGAGUGGGCACGCCCCGCGGCGGGGCACGGCCGCUUUUGCUGGCGCCCUACACACCCCGCCUCAUGUCAGCCUCCCGCUGGCCACGCGAACACCGCUCCUGCCCAAUCUUGGCUACAAUCGAAGGAGCAGUUUGGCACAUUUUUUGACCACCACGCGGAGACGGGUCUCCUUCCACGCCAGCCACGGUGUGGUGCGGUCAAAGACCAUGGAGAGCGCAGCGGCCCGUGCACGAAGGCACCGAAGGUUGGCUCUCUACGGCGUGGCCUCCCUCGGCUCUGUUGCGGGACUCUGUGUGCUCGGCAACGACGAGUUGGUGGCGCUGGCCGUGCAGCUCACGGCGUACCCCUACGCGAGGAACUACUCUCUGGACCUGCUCUCUCUCCUGCUACUCCACGAGCCCAACCGAGAUGUGGCGAUCGAACGGGGCAUCCUCACAAUCCUGGCCGCUCUCCCUGACGAUGUGGAACUGGCCAUGAAGGGCCUCAGUGUGCUGGCCACGCUGUGCAGCUCAGAGCAACACCAGGAAACGAUAGCGAAGCAGUGGCGGCCAGCGCUACUGGUCCUCAGUGGCGUAGAGAACGAGGCCGUGGCCGUGCUUGCCUGCAGUGCCCUGGCUCGCCUUGCCCAGCACGAUAAGAACCCGACGACGGUGCUCAGCAAACAGCACAUGCAGCCCCUGUUGACUCUGGCCAUGGUCGGCAAGCGCGGCCAGCAGACGGACGCGGCCAAGGCCAUCCGCGCCCUAUCGCCCUUCGGUGAUCUCCUCCUCCUCCGGACUUCUCUCACCGAAUGGUUCCCUGAUUACUGCUCUGUCGUGUGA